UUGGGUUGUACCCGCGGCGUGAAGCUUCAUCAGUUCAGAGGCUAGAAAACACCUCAAAAGCUCCACUUUAAAACGUCACAGGUGGCUUUAUCUUUAUAUCUUUCUUUGUCAGUUGUACAUUUAGGACUGUUUUUCACAUUUGGGGUAUAAAUUGUAGAGUACAGUUAACGUUAUCGACUACCUAACGACGUGCUGUGAUGGGAGGAGACGGAGCUUCGAUGGGAGGAGAUGACCAGACGGAGCCGGAGGACGCGGUGGGCAGGCGGGUCUUCUGCGACGAGGAGCGGGCCACGGUGCGGUAUGUGGGCCCGGUGCCACCGACAGCAGGGCUGUGGCUCGGCGUUGAGUGGGAUAACCCUGAGCGAGGCAAACACGACGGCAGCCACGAGGGAGUCCAGUACUUCACAUGCAGACACCCAAAAGGAGGCUCCUUCGUCCGUCCAGAGAAGGUGAGCUUCGGAGUGGACUACCUGACCGUAGUGCAACAGCUGUACCAGAUCGACUCCGAGGAGGUGCUGAGUGAGACGAUCUCCAUCUCCUCCAAGAAACUCAAGUGGGCGGGCUUCGAGGAGCGCAGUUUCGAGAGUCUUCCAACAGUGUUGCUGAGUCACAGUGAAGUGAACGGGCCCGGUGAUGAUGGAGAAAUCAGGAAAACAACGCCAAACGUGCAGAGGUUGGACCUGAGUAGGACUCUGCUGUCCUGCUGGGAGGACGUGGCUGCCAUCACUCAGCAGCUGGACAAACUGAAGGAACUAGAGCUCAGCAACAACACACUGCGUUUGCCCUCUGACCUCUCCGCUCACUGCCAGGCUUUCUGCAGCCUCAGAGUCCUCGCCCUCAGCAGCUGUGACCUCACCUGGCCACAGAUCCUGGAGUGCGCCCCCAUGUGGCCACAGCUGGAGGAGCUGCUUGUAGAUGAAAACAACAUCACUGAGCUGCAGAGGCCUGAAGGAGUGCUGCAGUCCCUGAAGAGUCUCAGUCUGUGCUGUAAUCCUUUAGAGCAGCACAGUGUGCUCAGUUUAGCUGCUCUUCCCAGACUGGAGCAGCUGCAUUUGUCCAAUACCAGACUGUCUGACAUUCGAUUUGAUGACACCCCUCCCGGAAGUCAAACAGCCAUGUUCCCAGCACUGCAGAUGCUCAAGCUGGACCAAAACAACAUCACUGAGUGGCGUGUGGUGAAUGAACUGGCGAAGCUUCCCAGUUUGGUUAACCUUUCGUGUCGCGGCAACCGACUAGUGAGCAGUGAUGGAAACCCCAAAACAGCUACUCAGCAGAUCAUCGCAAAACUGGGACAACUGGUCACCCUCAACAGCUGUCAGAUCCACCAUGAUGAGAGGAGGGGGGCAGAGCUCGACUACAUCAAGAUGUUUGGAGUGGAGUGGCUGAAGGCAGGUGGGGGGAGUCAGCCCAGCACCGAGUUCACCUGUCAGCACCCUCGUUACCUGAGUCUCAUCGACAAGUACGGAGCUCCAGAGGAAGGCGAGCUGAAGAAGCCGGAGCCGUUUGCCCUGAAAAAUCAGCUGUUAAAGAUUGAGUUUGUGUUUCCCAAUGACGCCGACCGGAAGCCGAUUGAGAAGAAACUUCCAGCCUCCAUGGUUGUUCAGAAGGUGAAGGGACUCCUGUACAGACUGCUGAAGGUUCCUGCAGCAGAUCUGAAGCUCACCUACACCAGCCCCAAGAAAGUGGGAACAGAGUUUGAGAUUGACAGUGAUCUGAAGACUCUACAGUUUUACUCCAUAGAGGACGGAGACCAGGUGUUGGUUCGCUGGUCUUGACCCUGGACCAGGAGGUGAAGAACCGACCUGGUCCACAACAGAGACGGAACGGAAGCUUCCAGGACUGAACUGUGCUUUAGCUGCUUCUGUGUUAGAGAUCCAGCAGCAGACUGUGUCCUUAUUGGAGAGGACACAUAGACUCACACUGAGAGGUGGUUUUACAUCAUAAUGACGCCCACACUGGAUUUGCUGUUUUCCGAAAUGAAACCGCAUGUGCUGCAAAUUACCGUUCAUAAUAAUGCAUGGCAACCUGUCUGCUUGGACUCGCUUCAGGACUUCAUUCAAUGUCACAAAAGGAAAUCUGUAGGUGCACUAACAUAUUAUUUGAUUUCAUGAAUAAACAACAAACAGAUAUUUCACACUUUA